GACUGGGCGUCGUUAGAGGAGUGAGCUGUGAUCGGUUGUACUGCACGUAUCGUGGGACAGAGCUUCGGCCACUGUUGUCGACGUGCGGCCUCUCCUUGAUGUCGGCCCUCGAAAAAAGCAUGCACCUCGGCCGUCUACCCUCUCGCCCUCCUCUGCCCGGCAGCGGGGGCAGUCAGAGCGGAGCCAAGAUGCGGAUGGGCCCUGGACGGAAGCGGGACUUUUCCCCUGUCCCGUGGAGUCAGUACUUUGAGUCAAUGGAAGAUGUGGAAGUGGAGAAUGAAACUGGCAAGGAUACUUUUCGAGUUUACAAGAGUGGUUCCGAGGGUCCGGUCCUGCUGCUUCUCCAUGGAGGAGGCCAUUCUGCCCUUUCCUGGGCAGUGUUCACGGCAGCAAUCAUCAGUAGAGUGCAGUGCAGGAUCGUAGCUCUGGAUCUUCGGAGUCAUGGAGAAACUAAAGUCAAGAAUUCUGAAGACCUGUCAGCAGAAACGAUGGCAAAAGAUGUUGGCAAUGUGGUUGAAGCCAUGUACGGGGACCUCCCUCCUCCUGUCAUGCUGAUUGGGCACAGUAUGGGCGGUGCCAUUGCAGUGCACACAGCAUCAGCUAACCUGGUGCCGAGCCUCUUGGGCCUCUGUAUGAUUGAUGUUGUAGAAGGUACAGCCAUGGAUGCACUUAAUAGCAUGCAGAAUUUCUUGCGUGGUCGUCCUAAAACCUUCAAGUCUCUGGAGAAUGCUAUUGAAUGGAGUGUGAAGAGUGGCCAGAUUCGAAACCUAGAGUCUGCCCGAGUCUCGAUGGUCGGCCAAGUCAAACAGUGUGAAGGUAUUACAAGUCCAGAAGGCUCCAAAUCCAUAGUAGAGGGAAUCAUAGAGGAGGAAGAGGAAGAGGAAGAAGGAAGUGAGUCAGUAAACAAGAGGAAAAAGGAAGAUGACAUGGAAACCAAGAAGGACCAUCCCUACACCUGGAGAAUUGAACUGGCAAAAACAGAAAAGUACUGGGAUGGCUGGUUCCGGGGCUUAUCCAACCUCUUUCUUAGUUGUCCUAUUCCUAAACUGCUGCUCUUGGCUGGUGUUGAUAGAUUGGAUAAAGAUCUGACCAUAGGCCAGAUGCAGGGAAAGUUCCAGAUGCAGGUCUUACCGCAGUGUGGCCAUGCAGUCCAUGAGGAUGCCCCUGACAAGGUAGCUGAAGCUGUUGCCACUUUCCUGAUCCGGCACAGGUUUGCAGAGCCCAUUGGAGGAUUCCAGUGCGUGUUUCCUGGCUGUUAGUGACCUGCUGUCCACCCUCCCUCUCCAUUGAGCUCUGUUGUAAAUACAUCGCACCAGAGGCCACUGUGACGCCGCCGACGCCGCCGUCUCCUACCAUCCCACCCAGCCACGUGACACCGGCUCCCUGUAGAGGGGCAUCCCCAGAUGUACAAACCCUCUGUAUACCUGUCAAAAGCAUUGUUUUCCAGGGCCCCUGUCCAACAGUGGCCUGCGCAGUCUGGGGUCCCCAGCUCUUUCCCUCCCCGUGUGCUCCCUGCCUUACCUAGGGUGAAGCCUUCACUCCCUGGGCCCCUGUUCCUGGCAUCCGGCAAUGUACCUGGGUCCAUAUGUCUCCCCAGGCUCAGGGAUCUCCAUUCCUUGAGGAUGUUCUUGGCAUGGUCCUGCCCUACCUCAUGGGAUGGGCAAUGCACACACUGGCCCUUAUUUUUCCCUUUCAAAUAAAACACCAGUCAGGUACCUUUA